AUGGAUCCGAGCAUGGAAGCAAUCGCAGCUACUGCUGAAGAAGAAAAUGGUAAAUCGUUGGAAUCCACACCUGACCCUAAAAAAAAGAAGAGGAAGAGACGCAAGAAGAAGCAGGUGGAAAUGGUCGGUAUUGCCUCUGGAAACGAAGCUGUAAUUGGUGGACCGUCUACAGAGUUGGCUAAAACUUCAGAUCAAGAAGAAGAUGGAAAUGAAAGUUUUAAUUUAGAAGACAAGGUUACUCCAGUGAAAGAAAAUGAAGAACAUGAUAUCCAGGUCAGUGACAAAAAAUCAGAGAACAGCCGUGAAUGGUGAGAUUUAUAACAGUUCAAAUGAAUUUUCUUAUUAGAUGGAUCCGAGCAUGGAAGCAAUCGCAGCUACUGCUGAAGAAGAAAACGGUAAAUCGUUGGAAUCCACUCCUGACCCUAAAAAAAAGAAGAGGAAGAGACGUAAGAAGAAGCAGGUGGAAAUGGUCGGUAUUGCCUCUAGCAACGAAGCUGAAAUUGGUGGACCGUCUACAGAGUUGGCUAAAACUUCAGAUCAAGAAGAAGAUGGAAAUAAAAGUUUUAAUUUAGAAGACAAGGUUACUCCAGUGAAAGAAAAUGAAGAACAUGAUGUCCAGGUAAGUGAAACAGCAAGCAAAAAGAAAAAGAAAAAGAAAAAGAAAAAGAAAAAGGACAUUAUGGUCUCUGAGGUGAAUUUGAAUCAUGAGGAUGUUAACGAUGACAACAAAAACAUGUUUAGUACCCCAGAAGAAGUCAAUUCCAAGUCUAGCUUUGUGGAAGAAGGCAUGAAAGAUCCAGUUGCGGUGGAAAGUGAAGGGCAAGAACCUGUCGAAGAUGGUCAACCUCCAACUGAAGGGGGUGAUGUUUUGAUUGGGGACAUCAGGCGUGACAGUGGUGAGGGAUACAAUGACUUAAAUAAAGAGACAAUACCAACUGGAAAAGACGAGAAACCCCCCCAUGUUCCAGAUGAAGAAGGUGGAAGUUCAACUCCAGAAGCCGUGACAGAUAGAGAGACAGAUGGAUCAGCAACAAUUACAACAACUGCUGAUGGGGCAGCUUAUGGACCUGUUGUAGAUAGUUCUUCCAUAAACUUGUCUAUAGGAGAUGAUGUGGAGUCAGAUACUGGUGACGACUUAUGCAAUGUGGCAGUAGACAACGAGGGGUGAGUACAAAUGCUUUAAACUGAAUCACAAACUUACGAUAGGGCAGAAGCUUCAAGUGAGAAAGUUGCCUUAUCAUAUUUUUCAAAGUUCCUGUGAACAGUCCAGAUUUUCGGCUGCAGAAUCCGAAGAAAUUAAUUGUUAAUUUUAGAUGAGAAUGCAACCUCAUUCCCUAUCUGCAGUAUAUGAGUAUCUUUAAAUGAUUUCAAUUUUGAAUUAAACUACCACAGUCACGAAUAGGGCACCCUACUCGUCCUAUCAUCCUUACUGUGCGAUUGAUAGAAAUUUUAAUUGUAUCUUGUUUCUGUCUUCAGGAGAAACGUAUUAUGUAUUUACAAGCUCAUUUAUGGGGUUGGUCUUGAAGCACUGAGGAAUUUGUUUAUGGAAAUCAAUCCAACUUGGUCCAAUCAGCCCUCUGAUGCAGCAGCAUUUGAUAGGGGGAAGAUGAAACUUACUAAAAAUGAAGAAGUCAGUUUCAAAAAGGGAAAUAUCCACGAAUGGGAUUUCUCUCUGAUCACAAGCAUUCUUUUAUUUUCGAACACUUGUUCCCCGGAGAUGAAACGCAGACCAGGCUAUGACACUGCUCUCAAAGAAUUAAAGAAGUGUCGUAAUUUGGUGCUAGGUCAUCCCUCUACAGACAAGAUGUCUGAUGCAGACUUUAACCACUACUGGCCUCUUCUUUCAAACCACUUUAGUACAGUUGGUGCUGAUCCAAAUGCGAUCGCCGAAAUAAAGCUCCAGUCAGGUAUUGCGUCUUUUUUUCUGCCUCACAGGUAUCAAAUUUUUAUUAGUUGAGUUGGAUUGAAGGGUUUAUGUUUAUUUAUGUUUAUUUAUGUUCCUUCGUGUUUCAAUGCACCACCAUCCGUGCUUCCCAUUUUAAAAUUAUUUUAAAAUUGUUCGUUCCUUUCUUUGUCGAUCGUGACAAAUGUCUUGGAACUCAGAUUUAGAGGUAAGUAUGGUAGAUAGCGCUCGAAUUUUAGAUACCUUUCGCUCGACGAAAUGAGCUUUCGAAUUUAUCUUUUGUCGUAUUCUCUACAUCGAUAUGAAUUGGCUGGAAAAUUAAACCAAACUUUCUGAAUUCAUGCGAAGCUCUUCGAUAUUUAGAUAGUUCUUAGGCCUGCUAAAUACAAUUUUUAAGUGUUGGCAUGGCUUAAACUAUAGUCUAACUGACGACUUAGUGUUAAUGGGGAUAAUUUUCAAGAAUUCAAACCCAAAGUUGUACAACAUUUUGGUCGAGGUCCUGCAAGACGUUAUUCGUGUGUUUUUGGUUUAAUUCUUGUAGCAAAUGUGGAGCUCAUUUAAAAAAGAGACUUCUAGAAGAUAUUCUACAUUGUGUUAAAAAAAAAAAACAACAAAUUUGCGGUUUAUUCACCUUCUUUCCUAGAUGAAGUCCUAAAUGCUGGAGGACACUACAAGGAGUUGUUUUUGACUGAACGAGCGAAAUUCAGUCCUUUGGAAAAGAAGCUGGAUGAUUUAACGAACAAGUUCGAAACCUUCAUUGCUGAUCAGUCUUAUGAUUCUACCAACAAAAUUCCUAUUAGUCCAAAAGAUCUUAGUGGCCCUAACUGGGAUGAAUUUUUGAAGUUCUGCGACGCAGUUGGUGACUUCGACACUCGCAAGAACCAGUACAUUCUUGUUGCCGAUGCUCUCUCGCAAGAUGACCUCGGCUACUUUUCCAUUCUGAGAAGUAUACCCUGGAAGAUGGUGGUAGACUUCGAUACCAUGUCCGAAGAAAAAGGGUUGUAUCACUCUUUUACUUCACAGGAAGGACAAGGUAGUCUAGUGAGCAUGAUUACACCAGCAGAGGUCAAGAGAAGUUCCAUUGUAAGCCUUGCACGUCAAAUUGAUCCCAAUAAAACGCAGUGGUUGUUUGUCAAAGGAAGAUCAAGUGACACAGAUGGCAAGGUACAGAGUUUUUCCGAGUGGGAGUCAUCUUCGGUCAAAGAAAUCUCAAGAUUUUUCGGAUGUUGUUGUGAUCCAGACAAAUUUGAUAGACAGAAACCCGUGGUGUGCCUUAUUCUUCCACUUUGCCAAGAAAGUGUACCAUAUUUGGAAGUAACACUGAGUCGACUCUUCGAGAACUUUAAUGAUCAAUUUAGUUUGCAAACGGUAUCCCUUAAGCAAGAAAAAGGCUUCUCAGUUUUUAGCAAGGUCAAAGUGCGAAGAGUACAGCUAUGCCCUAGGCUUGUCCAUCUUGGUUUGAGAGAGAUGCUUUGUUCAUCAUCAAAGCAACAGUUUCGAAUGCCCACCUCCCAAGCCAAGGUUUACGUAGACCUCACAGAGAAAGAGCUCCUUUACUUGAAUGAAAAUCUUGAUAUUCUGUACGAAGGCUGCGAGGGCUUACCAGACGGCUCAAAUGACCCGUUAGAUGAGGAUCUGCAAAUAAGAAACUUUCUAGAGGAGCACAGGAAACUCUUUAUGUCCGGCAAUGAAAUUUCUUUUGCAAGUCUCUAUGACAACCAUGAUGCGAAGAGAGAAAUUGAAAAGGGCAUUCAGAUCCAUGUCCAGCGUGUGUUAGACAAUGGACUUACACGUUCAAUGAUGGUGGUAAUUAAGCACUUGCCAGGUACUGGAGGCACCACCAUUGCUCGCCGCGUGAUGUGGGAUCUUCACAAAGCGUACCCAUGUGCUUUCGUAGACUUACGUUCUCAAAUGAACUUUGAAGAAGACAGCAGUUACGCCAGGAAACUAGCUGAUCGGAUUGCCGCAUUGGAGGAAAUCUGCCAAACUUCCCCCGUUAUUCUAGUCGAUGGAAAGCAAUCGGGGUCAAUCGAAAGCAUCGCUAACAAAACUCUACGGAUACUGGGUAACUUAGGAAAGCGUGCCCUUCUCUUGUGUUGCCAACACGGUUCCAAGACCUCAACGAAGGAACCUCAAGAGCUAUCCUGUGUCCAUAGUGUGUUUUACGUCGAUGCCAAGCUCGAAGACUCAGUGGCUGACCUGAAUGAAUUUGAUUCAAAAUACAAGGAAUUUAUUGAGAGGUCCCUGGCCGAGAAGCCAGGAUCAGGACCGUGUCGGGUGUUUCAUUUUCCUCUCCUGGCAAUGAUGCAAGAAUUUCGACCCAAACUGAAGAAGAUAGUUGAAGAUACAUGGGACGAGAUGGAAAAUCUUCAACAGCAAAUUGCCAUCGUGGUAGCAUUCCUCCAGAAGUACGCCAACCAGCCAACACCAGCGUUACUCCUCUAUGAUGCUUUCAAGAGCUACAUUCGCCUGGAAUGUGGCAAAACUGUCACAUACAGCGACAUUAAGCACUUGUUUUCAGAGCAUUUAUUGAACCUGAUGGUACCGUCGAACCCUUGGCUACGUCGAAGAAAGUUGUUCCUCUCCAUGGAACCAUCCCCUCAAAGUUAUACAUUUCAACAUCGCUUAGUGGCGGAGAUGUUGGUCAAAAAGUGUCUGCAGGAGCAAGGCUGUGAUCUGUUUCAAGUAGUGAGCCAAUUUCUUCAAUUUCCGAUCUAUAAUCGUGACGAUAAUGAGUUCCUGAAACUUUUUGAAGGGCUUUUCGUCUACAACAAGGACUGUCAGAAGAAGCUGAAGUUUUCACUUCUUUUUGAGGAGCUUAAAAGCAUCAACCCGGAACGUGCCGGAGAAGUGUUUUGUGAAGCAGCAGAGAAGACUGGAGACUCAGCCAUAUUCGCCCACGCAGCACGAUUCUUUGCCAAGCUGGAACCCCCCUCAUUUCAAAAGGCAAUGAAGCUAAUAGAUCAAGCCUUUCAAGUCAAUACUUCUGGCUCCAGACAGAUAUUCAGAAGUAUUUGUUACUCCAAAGGGGUAGUACUUUACAUACAGCUACAACACAUGGUCUCCACUGGCAAAGUUAAAGAUUUUAAUGCUCUCGAGGAACAGGCAAGCAAGGUUUUAGAGGCUUAUAAAGAAGCUCGCGGUUUUCCUCUUAACUCUCCAAAAACCUUAAUUGGUGAGGUAGAGGUAUGGCUUGCGUGCCUUGGAUGGAUCAUGAGAAUCUAUUGUAAGAGGGAUUCCGAGCAAACUCUCAAGUUUCUGGCCAACCAGUGUCCCCCGUUCUUUCGCACUUGCGUGAGUGAUUCGUUUUAUCUUCUUGACGUUGCUGACAGAAUCAUUCAAAGUGAGCCAAACCUAAAUGAACCUGAGGAAACUCAAAGAAGGUGUAACAACGCCAGGCUUGCUCUAAUGAAGUCGUUUGGUACUAGUUCGUCUUCAACCGGACGUGGACGAGAUGCAGAAGAUGUGGUUCAAGCUUGCAAGGCACUUUGUAGUGCCAAAAACUUUCCAAAGACUUCUACAUUAGAGUUGAAAAAGCUCCAGGCCCAUUUUAUUUUGAAUUCCAGUGAUCAGAUCGAAUCUUUAAAACAAGAACAUCUUGAAUUUUUGCUGAAAUUGUUAGAGGAAAUCGUGCUUCAGGAACAUCAAUACCGCUUGGCCUACCACCUGGUGAAGGUUUGUGUACUGGUAUCAGGACCUCGGCGUUACAGCCUCGAACAAGGCAUCAAUGUGUGCGACAAGUGGCUGGAGGUUGCGAGUCAUGACUGUCUUCCUUACUUCUAUCAAAUGGUCAUCUUAUUCCUAAAGAUCCUUGACGGCCACGUAAUUGAAUUCAUGCCAAAGUACUUGAAAGCCUUGAAAAUGUGCCGAGAGAAGUCACAGAACCAUUGUCGCAGUAGCCAGUCAACGUUGUUUGUGAGUAAAGAAGGGGAAGGAAUGUCGCGCCUUGUAACUCGCAGUACCCUUUUCCGUGGUGAAACGGACUAUUCAACCGAUGUUUCCGAGACGGUCAGAAGGUUCUGGCUCGUCGACAGUAGAAAGAAAUUGCUUGAGUGCAAAGGGAGGAUCCGUCUAGAGCCAUCUUCUGAUAGAGGUAAGACGUAUCCCUACAUCGAAUUGCUACAAGGAAACGUAGCCCUCUACGUGGGAAAGAAUGCAGGUAUUGGAAAAGUGGACAGGAACUUCAGUAAAGGACAGCUGGUCUAUUUUGUUGUUAGUUUCAACCUUCAGGGUCCAGUCGCAAACGGAAUAACUUUCUCCCCACACAAGCCUUCUUUUCGUUAG